AUGGGCAAAGAGGAAUCAAUUACAGACGAUAAAAAAAUCAAGAUCAAUAAAUGGGACUACCUCGCUUUAAAAAAUACUCUCGAUGACGCAGUGAAGGAAGUAUUAAUUACAAAAUAUAAUCAUGUCGAGGACUUUUCUUUGAUUGACUGUCGUUUGCUGAUAUGCUCAUUUGCUGUGCUAGUCGCUGGAUUUGCACUUGGUUGGGAUUUCUUCAAUCCAUUCCCAAAAUCGCGUUUUGUUCUUACGGUAUGUGUUGCUUUAUAUUUCAUUACCAUGGGUGCAAUCACAUUAUACACAACAUACAUGGAAAAAGGCAUAUUUGCCGUGACUUUAGAACGAGAUGAAAGCGGUUUUAAUCCAGAUGUUGUUUGGGAAGCCAGCAGCUAUAUAAAAAAACAUACUGGCAUGUAUUAUUUAACCAUGGUGCGCAAAGAUGCUGUUGGAGCAGAUGUCAGGGAACGUGAAAUAUCCAAAUCGGUUGCAAAUUAUUUUGAUGAAGAAGGAACAUUAUGUCAAGAUGUGGUGGAGAAUGAGGUAACCAAAAUGAGAGAAGCUGUUUUGAAAUUGAAGAAAAUUGAAUAG